CCCGCGGCGAAAGUGUGGAGGCUGGGCCGGCGCGCGGCCCGAAGGCGCGAUGUUGCUGCGGCGCAGGCGCGGCGUCGCUCCGGCGCAGGCGCCCAGGCGGAAAGAUGGCGGCCGGGUUCAAAACUGUGGAACCUCUGGAGUAUUACAGGAGAUUUUUGAAAGAGAACUGCCGUCCUGAUGGAAGAGAACUUGGUGAAUUCAGAACCACAACUGUCAACAUAGGUUCAAUUAGUACUGCAGAUGGUUCUGCUUUAGUGAAGCUGGGAAAUACAACAGUUAUUUGUGGAAUUAAAGCAGAAUUUGCAGCACCACCAACAGAUGCCCCUGAUAAAGGAUAUGUUGUUCCUAAUGUGGAUCUACCACCUCUGUGUUCAUCGAGAUUUCGGUCUGGACCUCCUGGAGAAGAGGCCCAAGUGGCUAGCCAGUUCAUUGCAGAUGUCAUUGAAAAUUCACAGAUAAUUCAGAAAGAAGACUUAUGCAUUUCUCCAGGAAAGCUUGCUUGGGUACUCUACUGUGAUCUCAUUUGCCUCGACUAUGAUGGAAAUAUUUUGGAUGCCUGUACGUUUGCUUUGUUAGCAGCUUUAAAAAAUGUACAAUUGCCUGAAGUUACUAUAAAUGAAGAAACUGCUUUAGCAGAAGUUAAUUUAAAGAAGAAAAGUUGUUUGAACAUUAGAACUCAUCCAGUUGCAACUUCCUUUGCGGUGUUUGAUGACACUCUGCUCAUAGUUGACCCUACUGCAGAGGAGGAACAUCUGGCGACUGGAACUCUAACAGUGGUGAUGGAUGAGGAAAGCAAGCUAUGUUGUCUUCACAAACCAGGUGGAAGUGGGCUAACUGGAGGUAAACUUCAGGACUGCAUGAGCCGAGCAGUUACAAGACACAAAGAAGUAAAAAAACUGAUGGAUGAAGUAAUUAAGAGUAUGACACCCAAAUAAACAACCAGCACAUUUUCAAAACAUUUGUAAAAACUGUAUUUGUUAACGCUGUGCACAAACCUUUUACACUAAAUAAAUAUCAAACUACAUUCUUCUGAAA